AUGGAUGAAACUAAGGAAAAGUCUCCAAGUGAGCUUCUAGAAGUACUGACUUUUCCAAAGGAUGUGAUGAAAUGGAUUCACGCACACGAAGCCUCACAUCACCAACAGCAGGCAGCACAGAACAGUUUGUUGCCUCUCUUGAGUUCUGCUGUUGAGCCACCCGAUCAGAAGCCGAUUCUGCCCUUACCAAUAACGCAGAAACCUCAGCCUGCACCAGAAACAUUAAAGGAUGCUAUUGUUGGGAUUAAAAAGGAAAAACCUAAAACCUCCUUUGUGUGCACUUACUGCAGCAAAGCUUUCAGGGACAGCUACCAUUUGAGGCGUCACGAGUCCUGCCACACAGGGAUAAAGUUAGUGUCACGGCCAAAGAAAACUCCCACCACAAUGGUGCCCCUUAUCUCGACCAUCGCUGGUGACAACAGCCGAAGUUCCUUGGUUUCGACUAUCGCAGGCAUCCUGUCCACAGUCACUACGUCUUCCUCUGCCACCAACCCCAGCAGUAGUGCCGGCGCGACAGCUAUGGCAGUAACUCAGACGGUGAAGAAGCCCAGCAAGCCCGUUAAGAAGAACCACGCUUGUGAGAUGUGCGGAAAGGCCUUCAGGGAUGUCUACCACCUCAACCGGCACAAGCUGUCCCACUCAGAUGAAAAGCCCUUUGAAUGUCCAAUUUGCAAUCAGCGCUUCAAGAGAAAGGAUCGCAUGACCUACCACGUGAGGUCUCAUGAAGGUGGCAUCACGAAACCAUACACCUGUGGUGUUUGUGGAAAAGGCUUCUCGAGGCCUGAUCAUUUAAGCUGUCACGUCAAACAUGUUCAUUCAACAGAGAGACCCUUCAAAUGCCAAACGUGCACUGCUGCCUUUGCCACCAAAGACAGACUGCGGACACACAUGGUGCGCCAUGAAGGAAAGGUAUCGUGUAAUAUCUGUGGUAAACUUCUGAGUGCAGCAUAUAUCACCAGCCACUUAAAGACACACGGGCAGAGCCAAAGUAUCAACUGUAAUACCUGUAAACAAGGCAUCAAUAAAACAUGCAUGAGUGAAGAGACCAGCAAUCAGAAGCAGCAACAGCAGCAGCAACAGCAGCAGCAGCAACAACAACAGCAGCAGCAACAACAGCAACAACAGCAGCAGCAACAGCAGCAGCAGCAACAUGUAACAAGUUGGCCUGGAAAGCAGGUAGAGACCCUGAGAUUAUGGGAAGAGGCCGUCAAAGCAAGGAAGAAAGAAUGUCAGUUCACCUUUGAGAAGGCUAUAGAGUACGUACCAUUCGAAGCUGCUAACUUGUGCCAAACCUCCACUGCUGCUACUACGCCUGUGACUCUUACUACUCCAUUCAAUAUAACGUCCUCUGUGGCUUCUGGGACUAUCACAAACCCAGUCACAGUGGCAGCUGCAAUGAGCAUGAGAAGUCCAGUAAAUGUAUCAAGUGCAGUUAAUAUAUCCAGUCCGAUGAACCUAGGGCAUCCUGUAACUAUAACAAGUCCAUUAUCCAUGACAUCUCCAUUAACGCUCACCACACCAGUCAAUUUACCUACCCCAGUAACCGCUCCAGUGAAUAUAGCGCAUCCAGUCACCAUAACAUCUCCUAUGAACCUCCCCACACCGAUGACGUUAGCUGGUCCAUUAAAUAUAGCAAUGAGACCGGUAGAGAGCAUGCCUUUCCUGCCCCAGGCCUUGCCCACGUCUCCUCCCUGGUAAAGAAUUUCUAAACAGUAUUAAAAAGGAUUAAAAUGGAAUCCUUACCAGCAGUUCUUUUUUGGGUUUUGUUUGGUUGGGUUUUUUUGUUUUGUUCUUUUGUUUUGUUUUGUUUUAGUUAAUAAUAAAUUCAGACUAAGACACUGGGGCAACAUGCACCAUCAGAGACCAUAGUAGCAUCUUCCCCUGUUGAUUUGGCUCAUAUGGUUCAAACUUGAGUUUCACUGGAGCACUUCGUUGAAAGUAAGUUUUACCUUUUAGCUGACUGAUGCUGAAUUACAGCAGAUACUUAUUUGCCAGAGUUUAA